AAAAACUCUUGCAAGGCCACGAUGAAAGAGGAGAGAGAGAGAUUGAGAGAGAGAGAGAGAGAGAGAGAGAGAGAGAGAGAGAGAGAGAGAGAGAGAGAGAGAGAGAGAGAGAGAGAGAGAUAGAGAGAGAGAGAGAGAGAGAGAGAGAGAGAGAGAGAGAGAGAGAGAGAGAGAGAGAGAGAGAGAGAGGUGACGAAGGCUCGAGGGCUAAAGGGAGAAGGCAUGAAUAUGAGCCAUGCCUCUUUGCAAUUGAAUAUGAGCCACUCACUCUUUGCCAACCGGAUGGGAGCUAUGCCCCCCCUUUCGACUAUGACACAUCCACCCUUGAGGCAAAUUGUCCGUACGAAUGCUUGAACAGGAUUGCCGAACUCAUCCGCCCGGGCGAUUGGAUGUUCUCAAUUGACCUAAAGUCAGGCUACCACCAUGUCGAGAUCCACCCCUCUUGCUGGAAGUUCUUUGGAUUCCAGUUUGAAGGAGACUACUAUUCCUUCAGAUCGCUCCCAUUUGGGCUUGCCACUGCCCGGUGCGUCUUCACACAACUGAUCAAACAACUGGCAAAGCGAUGGCAGGCAAGCGGCGUACGGGUUGUUCCAUAUGUCGACGACUUACUAUUCCUCUGCAACUCCCACUCGCGUGCACGCUCGACCUGCGCAGCAGUCGUGCAGGACCUGAAGGCAGCACACUUUGUUAUAAAAGGCAAGAACUGAAGAGGUUUUGCUCCAGGAUUCCACACCAU